UUCCUGGUCUUUGAGUGCAUGGACUGCGACCUCAACGAGCUGGUCAACUCGCGCAAGGGCCGGAAGCUACCCGAGACAGUCAUCCUGGACAUCACAUACCAGGUGCUCAAUGGGCUGGCGUUUAUUCACGAGAACGAUCUGUUCCACCGCGACAUCAAGCCCGAGAACGUGCUGAUUCGCCGGCGCAUCACGCCUGCAUCGGGUCCUGGCGGCAGUUCGACGAUUGUGGUUGAGGCCAAGAUUGCUGACUUUGGACUCGUGCAUGACAUGGACUUUUCGCGCCCGCUGACCGACUACAUCAGCACACGGUGGUAUCGCGCGCCCGAGGUGCUGCUGAACUGCAAUAACUACUCGACGCCUAUCGACGUGUGGGCCGUGGGCACCAUUGUCGCUGAGCUGGCGAUGCUACGGCCACUGUUCCCUGGCAGCAACCAGAUUGACCAGCUGCGGCGGAUCUUCGAGGUUCUCGGUACGCCCAAGAUCUCUGUGCCGGCAGCGACAGACAAGGAUAGCAAAAGCACAGGACCCGAGCUCAUCGGCUACCGGCUCAUGGUACGAGGGCGCUGUGCAUGCCCGCAAGCUCGGCAUUGCGUUUAUUCCGAGUAA